AUGCCCCCCCGCUCCACUCCGCCACCUAGAGGCAGCACGAUUCAGUUGAACGACGCCGCGACAUACAGUGACCUCCUGAGAUUUGAGGAGAGACUCAAGACAAAUGCCGCUAACCUCCAGCGACGAAAACAUCGUUACCAAUUGUUCCUGGGGCAACUCUUGUUUCUGAUAGCGUUUCUGCUAUGUGAAGUCCUUCUCCCUCCCCAUAUAUCGCUGCUUGCAAUACCCUACAAGAUGUUAUUGCAAUGGCUGCUCCCAGAGAUAUAUACUCCCGACGUCGAAAUCACCUUGCACCCAGCUUUCGCCAGUGGGCUCUUGUUUGUUAGCUUUACGACUCUAGUGUUGUUCUUUGCGAGCGGUAUGUAUUCGGACAAAAUUGCCUACGCGAACAAGUAUGUCCCUCAUGCCAACCGCGCACUUCGAUCGUUCAACAUGUUCCUCAACGUUCGUAAACCCCCACUUCGAUCUAAGCUUCGAUUCAAUCCAAUCCGGUUCUUCUUCCCUCGCCCCGAAACGACAUACACAACGACUACAGACUCCCCUGCAUCCUCGCCACCCGCAACACCUGCUGAUGCGCCUUCGCGCAGUCCCAGUCGAAGCGUGUCCCGGACUCGUUCGACGGCACUUCCCAUCGCACCUAUACCUCCAAGCAAUAACCCCCGUGGUGAGCUGAUCUUCUCUUCACGUGUGGACAAGAAUUUUCGAGAAUCCUACGAACGAUAUCGCUCCGCAUUUGAACGGCGUAAAGAGAAGCAAAGACAACUGGAGCGAAGCCAGAAGGGAUGGUUUGGGAUUAGUUGGUUGCGGUUCAAUCUUCCUUUCGUGAAGGACGGAGGCGAGGUGUCUGACGGCGGUGGUACCGUCAGUAGUCCCGACAAAGCCGUUCCCUUGGUACGCACGCCCACUGGAACGUCAACAAGGAGCAGUAAAGGUGGAGGCUCGAGGAGCGGGACACCUCCGAGUACCCCGAAAAGUCAUAUAUCAAGACAAAGGGACCGAAGUACGUCACGUCCUAGGACGGGAGGCAGUCGCCAGUCGACCCCGCCCGUGUCACCAUCCCCCUCUCGUCAUGGAAGCAUGCGAGGGCGUCGCGAGGGCACCCCGGGAGAUGGCUCGCUCUCGAAUUUGGAUGGUGUCGUGGACAGGGAACGUGAAAGGGAUACGACGCUGACUUUGAGGGCAUUUGCCCUAGAGAAAAGUGUGAGAGAGGCAACCUUAGAACACAUCGAAGAGUGA